AUGGAGAUACAAGUGGCUCACCCAGUGCCCCCUGUGGACUUCAACUUCGACAGCAGCGCCUGCUCCUCCCCCUACAUGACUGCUCCUUCAAGCCCCACUCGAUUUGGCAACUAUUUCUUCAGCGCACCCACCAGCCCCACCCGGGCCUCUUCCUUCUACAGCCACUUCAACGACCUCUCCGGCGAAAACGAUCCAAGACUUUCAGCCUCUUCAAUCCCUUUCAAGUGGGAAGAGAAGCCCGGAAUUCCCAAGUCCAGAGCUACCAUUAAUGGUGAUCAUAUUCAUCAUCUUGAGGAGGAUUUUGAGUUUGAUUUUAGUGGGCAGUUGGAGAAGGCUUCCUUGCCGGCAGACGAGCUCUUCGACGGCGGCAAGAUCAGGCCUCUGAAACCCCCUCCUCGCUUACAAGUUGGGAGCAAUGGAGCUGAUGAGCCAGGUCCCUCCGGUUUUUCCCCGAGGUCACCGUCUCCAAGAGCGUCGAGACUUUCCCAAGGAAAGAAAUUGGUUCAGGGAGUACUAUCCCCGCGGCAUCACCGAAAGGACCAUCAGGCUCAUGAUGAUCCUUUCGCUGCCGCAAUGAAUGAGACCCGAAAGAAGGAGUAUGAAUAUGGAAAUCAAGAAGAAAGGCGGGGGAGAGAAAGAUCUCCUUCCGUGCGUAAAAAGGGAACCAGAUCUUUGUCUCCCCUGCGCGUGUCGGACGUCAUGUUCGACAUCGAAGAAGACAAGACAGCUUCUUCAUCAACAACCAACUCCAACAAGGCCUCCACAUCUUCAGCAUAUUCUUCAUUUUUGUCAGCGAUCUCGUUCUCUUCAUCGAAAGUAAGUAGAAAGUGGAAAUUGAAAGAUCUUUUGUUGUUUCGAAGCGCAUCAGAAGGCCGAGCCACAACUGGAAAAGACCCCUUGAGAAAGUACGCGAUGCUGUCCCCCAAGAAAAGUAGCAGUAGUAUUGCGGAGGAUGUGAAGAACUCGAGUUUUCGGUCCACCGACAGCGUGGGGUCAGUGAGCUCGAGGAGGAGAGGGCCGGUUUCGCCUCACGAGUUGCAUUACACCGCGAACCGGGCGGUUACGGAGGAGAUGAGGAGGAAGACCUUCUUGCCGUACAAGCAUGGUCUCUUGGGUUGCUUGGGGUUCAACCCCGGGUUGCAUGAGAUUUCCAGAGGGGCUUUUGGGUCUUUGACACGUGGCGGAGGGUGCAGACCGUGA